CGCGUCUCACAUCGCACGGCCGGGCACACGGCCACACCAAGCACGGCACAGCUUGCACAGGAGGGGGCGGAAAGGGAAAAAAAAAAAAGAGUUGCCGGCGGAGACACGGCGCGAAGCCUUCAGAGGGCACCACCGCCGGGCUCCGCGAUGGCGUCGGAGCCGAUCUUCCGCGGGCACGAGGAGUCCCUCCCCACGGGCGCCCCCGGGUACACGCCCAAGCCUCACAAGCCGCUGGCGCGGCCGCUCCGGUACCUCCUGGAGGAGCAGCGCCUCCUGUUCGCGCUGGUGGGCAUGGCUGUCACCUCGGCGGUCCUCCUCACGGCCCCAUCGUCGUCCAACGGGGGAGGCGCCGUCGCCGCCGCCAGUGGCGCGGCCGCGGCGGGUGGUAGCGGUAGUCUCGCGCGGCGGCAGUACUACGGCGGGUCCGCGAACGCGGCGCUGGGUGCCGCGGUGGGCGAGCAGGAGCGGCGCGCGAGCGCGGCGCGGCUGCCGCUGGGCGUCCGUCGGCGCGGGCUGCGCGUGGUGGUGACGGGCGGUGCCGGGUUCGUGGGCAGCCACCUGGUGGACCGUCUCCUGGAGCGCGGCGACAGCGUGGUGGUGGUGGACAACUUCUUCACGGGGCGGAAGGAGAACCUGGCGCACCAGGCCGGGAACCCGGCGCUGGAGGUGAUCCGGCACGACGUGGUGGAGCCCAUCCUGCUGGAGGUGGACCGGAUCUACCACCUGGCGUGCCCGGCGUCGCCCGUGCACUACAAGCACAACCCCGUGAAGACGAUCAAGACCAACGUGAUGGGCACGCUCAACAUGCUGGGCCUCGCCAAGCGCGUCGGCGCCAGGUUCCUGCUCACCAGCACCAGCGAGGUGUACGGCGACCCGCUGCAGCACCCGCAGGUGGAGACCUACUGGGGAAACGUCAACCCCAUCGGUGUCCGGAGCUGCUACGACGAGGGCAAGCGCACGGCGGAGACGCUGACCAUGGACUACCACCGCGCAGCCAACCUCGAGGUGAGGAUCGCCCGGAUCUUCAACACGUACGGGCCGCGCAUGUGCAUCGACGACGGCCGGGUCGUCAGCAACUUCGUCGCGCAGGCGCUGAGGAAGGAUCCCUUGACGGUGUACGGCGACGGCAAGCAGACGAGGAGCUUCCAGUACGUGUCCGACCUGGUGGAGGGCCUGAUGAUGCUAAUGGAGAAGGAGCACGUGGGCCCGUUCAACCUGGGGAACCCGGGCGAGUUCACGAUGCUGGAGCUGGCCAAGGUGGUGCAGGAGACCAUCGACCGGGGCGCGCGCAUCGUGUUCCGCCCCAACACCGCCGACGACCCGCACAAGCGCAAGCCGGACAUCACCCGCGCCAAGCAGCUGCUGGGGUGGGAGCCCAAGGUGCCGCUCCGCGAGGGACUCCCGCUCAUGGUCCACGACUUCCGCGCCCGCAUCUUCGGAGUCGGGGUCGGAGUCGGACACCAGCAGCAGCAGCAUCGCAACCCGGCAAAUAGCUAGCUGGAUCGACCCAACUGCUACUUUCAGAUUCGCAUAUGCGUGCAUUCACUCAAAUUUCGCCGGCAGGAAGAACUGGCCUUCAGAGCUCAGAGCCAUAUAUACGUAUCGAUCGAUGUGGAUCCAGCAGUAGUGCAGUGCGAGCGGGAAAUAUCCAUCGAAUUCAGAAGAUUUUAAGGGUAUAUGUAUGUAGAAACUAGAGUAGGCCAAGCAAGCAGAAUAGCCACAAAUGCAUGCAGUGCAAUGCGAAGAUCGUGCAUGUAGUGAGCAUCAGCAUCACGAUUCACGAGCUUGGGGUGCUUGAUUAUGCGGAUGUGUAGCGAGCAAUUCGCAUGCGUAAUUGUAACUCGUGCUGGUGCUGGAAUGUAUCAGCACACGGGCAUGGUGAGUUUAGUAGGAUGUAGUAGUGCAACAUAUGGGCAUGGCAGCAGUUCUGAAAAUUCACUUGUGCUGUUAUAUGCCAUUGUGUGUGCCUUGACGGCUUCACGAUGUGGCCGUGUGUUCCUCA